GUUCAAAACGUUCCGCACGCUCUGCUCCACACACAAAUCUCCGUUGCUCCGUUGCUCUGUUUCUUCCCGAAGACGCGUCUUUCUUGCGGCCCGAAGAAUUCUUCGCAGCAGCACGCAGCCUCAAAUUGUGCGUGUGCAGCUUCUUGGCCUUCUUCACUGCCUUGUCGCCCCUUUUGUCCAGCUCUCUCUCGGAAGAGAGUGUUGGUGGUUGGUGGUUCCCGGUGGUGCCUCUCGAGCGGUGUGUGUGUGUGUUGGUGGUGCUGCCCCGAAGCGCUGCCGAACGGGGCGCGCAGCCAACGUCGCCGCCGACGACGACGCAACGUCGGGAAAACCUCUUGCAGUGAAAAUUUUUCGUACGUUUUCGUUAUUUGUUAUUCGCACGUUGACGCGACGAGACCGCGAUACGAGAAACGAUUGCAACUGCAGCACCAAAAGCCGCAGCAACAGCAACACCAGCAAUGAUCGCGCGUGCAACAGCAACACGAAGUGGUUACGCGUCACUUACAGUUAGUUUACAUUAAAACCCUACACAAAUCAUAAAAAAUUUAACAAAAUAUAAUCCAAACUUGCCAAAUAAAAGUUAAUCAACAACAACAACAACAUCAACAGAAAUGAUAAAAAAUUUUCAAGUGAAUAAAUAAUAUAUUGUGUAUUGUUGCAGCUUGCCAUUGAAGUGUCUUACAACAAAAUUAAGCAAUAGCAGCAGCAGUUAGAGCCGCAAAUGAAACGUAUUUAUAUCAAUUAUAGCCGAAGCUUGCCCAAAACACAAAACACAAACCCCAAACACGCAAACGCAGCAUAAUAAAUAAUAAUAAAAAAAAAAUAAAGUGUGAUAUUUUGAUAUUAGCAAUUAGAGUUUACACAGAAACACAGCGUAAAAUAUUUGUUAAAUGUGCGCCAGCAAAUAUUGCCCCGAGGCAAGCCCCGAAAAUUGGAUAAUGCUUGGAUAAAUCAGCUUACAAAAAAAAGCAAAAAAAAAAAGAAGAAAAAAAAUAUAACAAAUAAGAAUAAGACUAUGCCAGAUCUGCAACGAUUGGAGUCGGCCGCAAUCUAAUUCAAAGAGUACCAUAAGAAUCGGUUGCCGAAGAAGUCGCGGCUUUUGCUGUACCUGCCGGCGCAGGGGCUGAACCCAAUUAAUUUAGCUAACCAACCCAAAGGAUCCGUCCCGAAGGAGACGCCGCCGUUAAAGCCACAAAAAGUUGACCUCAUGACGAUGGCAGAAGGCACCGACCCUAUGGGGCAUGGUCACCACCACGCGAACCCGCACAAUCCGCCCCAGCCGCAGCCGCCGCAGCACCAUCAUGCGCUGCCGCACCACUUGCCCCACCCGCAUCCCCCGCCGGCACCACCGCCGCACCACCUAAACCACCAGCAGCCGUUCCAUCCGCACAUGUAUCCGGCGCCCGGAGCGGCGGCUCACUCGCCCUACGGCCAACUGCAGUAUCCGCACCCACAUCCGCAUCCGCAUGCGCUGCAACACCACCAGCCGCAUCCGCACCACCAUCCCCAUAACCUGCCACUGGCGCUGAGUCUGCACCAGCAGGCGGCGGCUGCAGCGGCAGUGGCUGCCGCGGUGGCCACCACCAAUAACCCCUCUAACAACAACAACAACAACCAGGCAAGUGUGGCCAACAACAAUUUGGCGGUGCCAUGGAAGCAGCGCAAGCGCAAGAGGCUCUCGGCGGUGUUGGACAAGUUGCACCACAACAACAACAAUAAUAACAACAACAAUGAGAACCACUCGAAUGGCCUGGCCUGCAAGUCGGAGCCCAUGGAGAUGGACGAGGAGGGUCAGGAGGAUCACGACCAAGAUACGGAGGAUCAGGAUGAUUCUCUGCAGGAGGAGGAUGAGGAUCAUGAGCAGGACCAGGAUCAUGAGGAUCCCGGCAAGUACAUCAAAAGCGAGCAGCCAGUCAGUGAGGAUGAGGAGAACGAACCGGACAUGGACCAUGAGAAUGAGGACAUUUCCGGCGAAGAUCUGGAGCUCUCGCACAGCGAUGACAACGGUGACCAGGACAGUCCUAGGAUCAGCAUGAGCCCACUGCAACUGCAGGCCUCCGCCAAGGGCAAUCUGCUCCAGGAUCAGAACCAGCUUCAGCCAUUGAACAAGGAGAAUCCUCUCCACGUGGACAUCAAGACUGAGAUUCCCAAUCCCUACGACCGGUACUUCCCGAUCCCGUCGCCCUUGUUCGGCUACUAUCUGCACACCAAGUAUCUGAACGAGGUGUUCCGUCGUCGCCAUGAUCUCUAUCCCUCACCGCUGCAGCACACCCCAUCCUCGAUAGCCUCGGAGACGGAGACAUCGCCGUCGAGUGGCCUGGAGCGCAAGGGUGGCUCCAAUCCUCUGCUGCCGCCUGCCACGCUGCUGGCCAAUGCCUCGCCUCCUCUGUCGCUGCCGUCGCCGCCGCGCAGCGACUCGUCGGUGACCAACAGUGGAGCAGCAAGCCAGCCAACCACCAAGAAGCGUUCCAGUCCCAAGCCGAGGGGCAAAAAGGGUGAGAAGAAGCCCAUGCCGCCGCCGCAGGAGCGUCCGCUGGAUCUGUGCAUGCGCAGCGAUCUGUUGGAGCCCAAGAAGUACAAAAAGUCUGGCUCCAAAUCCUCCCAAGAAUCCUCUGGGGCCAUGAUGCCACCACCACCGGCGGCCAUGAGUGCGGCCAGCAGUCUGGAGAGCAUGAACGCCCUGUCGCCGGCCUCCAGCAGCCACUCCGGGCACACGCCCAGCACGGCAGCGGCCACCCCCAACCAUCAGCCGCCUCCCGGAUCCCCCUACGCUAAUGCCAUGAAUGCUGCCCAUGCAGCGGCAGCGGCAGCAGCAGCAGCUAUGAUCAAGCUGGAGAUGCCACUGCAUCCGUUGCACCAUCAGCAGUUGCACCACCCUCAUGUGCCGACCACCACUGUGGGUGUGCCGGUGAUCAAGGGCGACGUAGCCUCACCCACCACCAAGGAGACGGUGGCCUGGCGCUAUAACCUCGACGUGUCCCCGGUGGUGGAGGAGAUGCCGCCGGGCUCGGAUGUGGCCUAUGUGUGCCCCACCUGCGGCCAGAUGUUCUCGUUGCACGACCGCCUGGCCAAGCACAUGGCCUCGCGGCACAAGAGCCGCAAUCCCGCCAACGACAUUGCCAAAGCCUACUCCUGCGACGUCUGCCGCAGGUCCUUCGCCCGCUCCGACAUGCUGACGCGGCACAUGCGCCUGCACACCGGCAUCAAGCCCUACACCUGCAAGGUGUGCGGCCAGGUGUUCUCCCGCUCGGACCACUUGUCCACCCACCAGCGCACCCACACCGGCGAGAAGCCCUACAAGUGUCCCCAGUGUCCCUAUGCGGCCUGUCGCCGGGACAUGAUCACCCGGCACAUGCGCACCCACACCCGCUACGAGUCCCGUGGCGGCUCGCGGGAGGAGCGCCGCGAGGGCAGGGGCGAUGGACGUGAGGGCAGGGAGUCCCGCCGCGGAGGCGGAGAGCGCCUCAGCGAGGAGCCCAACUCGCCCACUUCCCUGCCGCCGCUGCUCGACAUGAAGAUGAACAUGGGCCUGGGAAUGGGCCUCAACAUGGGCCUGCCCAUGAACCCGAUGAGCCUGCUGCAGGAGGAGCUGUUGCAAAAGUCCCAGCCCGGCUUGAGCCUGGGAGGACCCAUGCCCAUUGUGGUGAAGACGGAGAGCGCCUAACGGUAUCUGGCCAGAAGGUUUAUGACCUGCUAAAAAAAAAACACACACA